GCCGCAGUCCCACCGGACACUCAGGACCAUGACCUUGGACAGGAAACUCACGGAAAAGACGGACACCGGCGUGGAGGGUCAGGCAGACUGCAGCGAAAAUGUGAAGCACGCAGGUUUUUCAGUUUUUAGUUCGGGCCACGCAGAUUUGGAGCAACGUGCUUCAUCCUUGAGUCCUGAAGAGCGAGAGGAGGGAGACUCUGGAGUCCGGCUGCAUGAUGAUCCAGGCAGGCGAACCGCCUCGGUGAAGCCUCCGUACUCCUACAUCGCCCUCAUCACCAUGGCCAUCCUCCAGAGCCCCAAAAAGAGACUCACCCUCAGUGAGAUUUGUGAUUUUAUCAGCCAGCGCUUCGCGUAUUAUCGGGAGAAGUUCCCUGCGUGGCAAAACUCAAUCCGUCACAACUUGUCUUUAAACGACUGCUUUGUCAAAAUGCCCCGGGAGCCUGGGAAUCCAGGCAAAGGGAAUUAUUGGACCCUGGAUCCCAUGUCGGCCGACAUGUUUGAGAACGGGAGUUUUCUUCGCCGCAGGAAACGUUUCAAGAGGCAGCAUCUGUAUUUGGGAACGCUGAAGGAGUCCAGGGCGCAGGAGCGCAGCCUCAUGCCCGUGUUUCCGCUCCUCGGAGCGCACAGGAUGAGUUCUAGUCUCCGGACUCCUGAGCUGUACCGUGACCUGGGCUCAGUAAGUCGUCUUGGGUCCCACGUUAUUCCUAACAUCCCACCUGUAAGCAGCAUUAUACCUGCGCUCUCCUCGCUCCUCUCCAAGAGUUUCCCUUCGAGUCAAACUUUUGAGCACUUCGACGGUCGACGCUGCGUCGCUGUGCCAUCUUUGGCUCCAAACUCCGCGUCCAUGCCUUCUGUCUCGCUGCACGAAAUGAUACCCAACUACCCCGUCUUUCAACUGCCCCUUUUUCCCACUGGGAUCAUUAAAGAUUCAUCUAAUUUAAUUCAAUCAAAUGCUGAUUUGAAUUGAAGGACAGCAAAGGACUCUUCUUUCUCUCCGCAUUAGAAUAAACUCACGGUACAAAGUGUAAACAAUAAUAACCUUUUUCAUUUCGGCCUAUACAGGUCACCAUAUUUAGAAUUUUUAUGGCUUGAAAUAAGUGUUUUUUAACGAUAUAUAUAUAUAUAUUUUUUAUUUAUUUUCUUUUAUUUUUUUUUUUAAAAAUUUGUUGGUCUUAUUUUGAAUAGAAAAAUACGACUGAUCUCAGUUUAGUGUCUGUGCAAUUUGAAUUUAAAAGUUAAGAGUUUACUAUAAUAAUUAAGACAUUAUAAAAUAAUUCCCGUUCACUGCCUGGAUAAAUAUUUUAGCAGCGAUUUUUGGGGGGAUUAUGACUGAUCGUCUUGUUGUAUGUGCUUGUGAGAUUUUAUUUUAUUUUAUUUUAUUUUUUUCAAAUUCAAAUUCAGAUGUGGG